AUGUCCUUGUCGCAUACAGCUUCUAAGGAAGUGGAUCUGAACGAUCCGAAACAGCUAGCUUUGCACAAGUUGUAUCGUCCAGAAAGAGUGACACCACGGGAGAAGGGUUACGAUCUUCUCAAGAACCCUCGGUUGAACAAGGGUAUGGCUUUCUCACUCUACGAACGUCACUACCUGGGUAUUCACGGUCUGCUACCACCAGCUUUUAUGACUGAAGAACAGCAAGCGUAUAGAGUUAUGAAGAAACUACGAGAGCAACCAGAUGACCUGGCUAGAUAUGUGCAGCUGGAUGAACUACAGGAUCGCACUGAAAAACUCUUCUACCGAGUGCUCUGCGAUAAUAUCAAAGAGCUGAUGCCUAUAGUCUACACUCCUACAGUGGGCUUGGCUUGCCAAAAGUUUGGCGCAAUUUAUCGCCAUCCAAAAGGUCUCUACAUAACAAUUAACGACAACAGCAUAAGCAAAAUUCAUCAAAUUCUUUGUAAUUGGCCAUAUUCAUCUGUCCAGGCCAUAGUCGUGACCGAUGGAGAAAGAAUUCUUGGUCUUGGAGAUCUCGGAGCUUAUGGAAUGGGUAUCCCGGUUGGAAAACUUGCUCUGUACGUAGCACUAGGGGGAAUUCAGCCUCAGUGGUGCCUUCCUGUAGUUAUAGACAAACUUCUCGACGACCCAUUCUACAUUGGUCUUAGGAGACGACGAGUUCGCGGUCCAGAAUAUGAGUUGCUUUUGGACAAUUUCAUGAAAGCGGCAACUAAACGGUUCGGACGCGAUACGCUCAUACAAUUUGAAGAUUUUGCUUUCGAGAAUGCAUACACCCUCCUAGAUCGAUAUAAGAACGAGUACUGCGUUUUCAACGAUGACAUUCAG